GUUAAGAAGUAGACACUGAGCUGCUUUGUCAUGCCGAUGUGCUGCUUCCGCGUGCCAGGCAAGUUAAUCCACCGCCGCCGCCAACUGGCCUAGUCUCGAAACUGCUAGCUUCGCGUCCGAGUCCUUUGGUUGCUGCUGGUACCUAUGAUUAUCACCAUGUUUCCUCUCCCUAUCUGCAGAGCCUCCGACACGCGGCCCCAGCCAGGCGUGAGCGCAAGGCGGCUCGGUACCUAGCUGCUGCAUCCAGGGGUUCCACAUGGAACACGACCCCGUGGGUCAUGGCGCGCCGCCUCCACCUCCGCCUCCGCCUCCGCCGCCUGUGCCCGAGGCCUCCCUCCUAGAAGCGGCGGUGGGGGCCGUUGCGCCUCUUGGCGACUGGGCUGUCGAGACGCUGAUUAGGCAGCAGCGGUUUGACCACGACCUGGACGAAGACGUCAAGAGGGCCGUGGCUGCGGUGGCGGUGACGCGCCGCGAGGUCGAGGGCCUGGUGCUGCCGCCGCGGCCCCCGAUACGAGACGCCGGGGAGGCGGUGGGCCAAGAUCUGGAUAAGGCGGCGGCGGCGCUCAGGCUCGUCCACAACGUUUUUGUCGGGGACGCGGCAGCGAUGCAGAACCUGCUGCCGGCGCUGAUGCCGCGUGCGCUGUCGUCGUCGUACCUGCCGCCAAUGCUCUUCGUGAAUCCGCUGUGGCACAUGACCGUCACGCCGAUGAAGGCGGUUGAUUACCGCCAUGUUAGCUACAACACAGUCGCGGUUACGGAGCUGAGCCCCCGCGCUGGCCUGACCCUAGGCGGCUUCAUGGAGCGUGCGGCAGAGCACUUCGUGGACGCGGCCGCACGCAAGGGCGGCCCAGCACACUGGCAGGGCGCCCCGGGUCUGCCGCCCGGCAUGACGUACUGGGGCACCCGGGCGGCCGUGUCGGUGCUGGUGGCCGGCCAGGUCGUGUGGGACAGCGGCAUCCUGAGCGGAGGCCUGAAGGACAUGAAGUCGGAGGACGUGCAGCUCACCCCGGUCAUCCGCGGCGGCAAGGUGGUGGGGCUGGUGGUGCAGCUGGAGGACCGCAGCAUCAGCCGCCUCGUCAACGAGUGUGCGAACCUCAACAGGGGUAUGAUGAGGACCAGGACCCCCCUCACCGGUCCCCAGCCGGUGCUGAGCCUCAUCAACACCAGCCACCUGGGCAACACUGCGGAGUCGGCGCCGCAGAUGGCCGGCAUGGCUCUCGGCGAGCUGCUGCUCUCCACCGUGCUCAACCCCGCGGUGGUGCGCAACCACCCGGCGUCCAUCGGCCCCGCCUGGACGGAGUACACCUCCCUUUACGCGCGCGCCAAGGCUCUGCGGCUGCCGCUGCUCAAGGGCGAUGACCUCACCCUGAACGAGGCGCCGCUGGCUGUGCUGGGCGUGGAGCUGGCGGGCAGCGUGGAGCUGCUAGAGCUGCUGGGGCUGGGCGACCCGGAGGCCGCGGACGAGCCGGGCUGCAAGUUCGUGGUGAUGCUGCUCAAUGUGCUGUGCUGGCCGCUCGGCCUGGUGACCUUCCCGUGGCUCUCACGUGGCGGGGCGGCGGCGGCUGCGCAUACCACCUCGGCGGCCGCUCUGGAGGCGGCCGCGGCCGCGCCAACGGAGGUGCUGGAGGCGGCAGCUGGGGCAGCGCAGGUGGAGGCGCGGGAGAAGCUGCAAACGGUACAGCAGCAACAGCAGCAACAGCAGCAGCAGCAGCAGCACGAGCCCGAUUCGUGGAUCGACGAGAUGUCCAUCUGCAACCUGCUGGAGGAGGUGUGCUUGAGGCUGAUGAACGCCCGCUGCAUCGCGGGGCUGUUCAGCGUCCGGCAGCCGCUCCUGGGCCGCAGCCGCCACGAGCAGGGCAGUCUGGCGGCCUUGGUCGUAGGCCUGGUGGACAAGCUGGCAGACAGCGUGAAGCUGGCGUACCGCGAGGGGUACCUACGGUGCAGGUACGUCAGGCGGGUGGACGUGGCGGCGGCGGUGGCGGCGGCGCGCUUCGGCAAAGCCGCCGCCGCCGCCACUACCGCCGCUGCUGAGCCCACUGGCGCCACCUUGGUGACCCAGCUGCUGCUGCAGCUCUUCAUGCUGGUGCUGGAGGUGUGGCUGGAGGCGGUGGAGAAGCAGACCGGGCUGGUGGCCAGCCUGGGGGCGCUGCUCUACGUAAAGAAGGGACAGCUUGGAUCGGCGGCGGCCCAGCAGGUGGUGGACGCGCGGGUGCGGGAGGUGCAGGCGCGCGCCGUGGGCACUGCGAAGUCGCUGGUACUGCUGCUGCUCGACCUCCAGCACCGGCUGAACAAGGGCGAGGUGGUGCCGCUGCUGCCGCGCAUCAUCGGCGGCAUGGACGUCGCGAGGGCGCAGCAGGCAGCCAGCGUGGCGGUCGCUGCCCAAGCAGCGGCGGCGGCUGACGCGGCGGCACCUGCCCCGCAGCAGCAGGUGGGCGCCGCCGUGAGCGACCCGGCCGGUACCGCGCGCGAGGAGCAGCACGCCGCGAUGGCCUUGCUUGCGACGCUCGAGAUGGGCCUGCAGUGCGGGCGGGCGCAGAUCAGCGAGAUGCUGAGGCAGCUCGUGUCGCCCCGCCCCGGCGCAGACUGGGAGCCUGCGAUAGCCGCAGCAGCAGCAGGUGCGGCAGCGGAUGCUGAUGGCGGCAACGGCACAGCAGGCGCGGUGGUGGCCACUACACAGCGCAGCCGCAAGCGGCAGCGCGCUCCUCCGGCCGGUGCCAGCUCGCACGGCGGCCUUGGUGGCGGCGGCAGUGAUGCCGGCGGCAGUGGUGGCGGUGCCGGGGGCCUGCCGCUGCUCGCGUCACUCGGUGCCCAGGCCGGUGCGUGGGACGUGCGUGCACGCAUGCCCAGUCCCGACAUGUACCCGCGGCUCGUCGGCAAGGGGCUGCUCACACAGCCGCAGGCGAGCAGUUUGGACGCAUUGUGGGGCUUGUUGAGCGGACCGGUCGCCAGCGGCGCCACUGCCAGCAGCGCUGCGGCCCUGCCGGUGUCAGUGUCGGUGAAGGAGGAGACUGCCCGCCUGCAGCACGGCCUGAUGCGAGGCGCCUCUGACCCAGUCCUGGCACGGCGGCUGUGCGGGCUGCUUCAGGCGGCUGUAGAGCCGGACCUGUGGCAGCAGCUCGGCUACAAGCAGCAGCGUCAGCUCAUGGUGUUCAUGCGGAGCAACCUGCCGCUCGCCGUCGCCGCCUGCAAUGCUUGGGCAGAGGAGGGUCAGCGGCGCACAGCCGAGCUGCAGCAGGAGCUGGUGGGCACAGGACCCGCGCAGCAGCAGCCGCAGGUGCCGGCGGGCUGUGAACUUCCGGCGAGUGUCGUGAUGCCGGGCUACAGCGAGCCGCCUACCGCGGCGGCAGAGGCAGGGUCGGCGGCCGCGCCCGGUGCCUCCGAGCUGCAGAUGGGUCGCUUCAUGCAGGAGCUGCAGCGGCAGCUCGCGGCACCCCACAUCCCUGUGGCGUCCGAGUUGCCCGCGGCAGGCUCUGGCGACGCCAGCAGCAGCAGCAGCAGCAGCGGCGUCGGAGCCGCAGGCACCUGCGACAGCGCCGGCGCCGCGGCCAGCGCCUCAACGCUUGAGGAGGUCCUCCAGGACUGCCAACAGGUGCUGAUGCCGGAUGCACUCCGGCAAGCGGCUUUGGGGCGCCUGCGGUCCGCUGCCAUGCAGCGCAGCAGUGGUUGCCACCGCCGCUGUCCGAACAGGACGAGGAGGCACUCCUGGACCUCCUGCUGCCACCGGAAUCACAACCGCAGCCGCCACCGCAGGAGCAGGCGCAACUGCAGCCCCAACCGCACUUCCCACCGCAGCCGGAGGAGCAAGAGGAGGAGGGCGGGGAGCAACAACGGCCAUGGCGGCGGCGACUUAAGGGGGUGCCGUAGAUGCCGCAUCAGCGGCGGCAGCUGGGGGGAAUCAGGGCUGGUGGGGAUGCCGGGCGUCAUGGCACGGCGAGCACGCGGUUAAUAUGUCACACGGGUUUCUGCCACUGCUUUUGUGACCGCAGCAUUAGUGCCCGCAGAGGAGCGUCGCCUGCAGCGGCUGAACUAGCAACAAGCCCAACGGGCUAGCAGCUAGCUAUAGGUUUAAGCACGUGUGCAAUCAUGAAUUUAGGAGAGGUGCACACUUACGAGCGGCAGGCAGCGGGCAGACAACGUGUUCGUCGCACUACAGUGUGCUACUCAUCAGUAGGCAGUGGGUAGGUGGUUUAGGGGAGCAGGGGUGCGAGCGGGGUGCCAAGGCACGGGCACCUUGCCACUGCUUCCUUGACCUCGGAUCGGUGGCGGCAGCAACGUGCCGCCACGGAUGCAAAUUGCAAGUAGUGCAUCGGGUGCGCUUGCUGGCUGUGUUUGUAGUCAAUCCAAUUCGUGUUGCCGUGCAGACGCGAAUGCGUGGCAUGCAGCGGGCAGACUCGUGCCCCUAUCCGUGUCUACGAGCGGCAGAGGCUAGCUGACUCUAGCUAAUCAGUUGUUGUCUUUGCAGCUGCCCGCUGGACGAGCUGUACGGCCGGCGUUGGGUGUCUCGUGGUAAACGAAGGCACGCAAGGCAAGGCAAGCUGUGUGCGGCAAGUGCAGACUACGAAGCUUUACGGCGGCGCUGCAAUGAACCGGAACCUGUAAUUCUGUGAAGGGUCUCUUGAGACACAUCCUGGACCAGAUCCGGAGUGCGUCGGGUUUCGGGUUUCCUCAAGAGCACACGUUUGGUCCGCAGGAGCAGGAGCAAGCUGUAGUGGACUAGCAUCAUCGUUUACCAUCAUGUGUCGCAUACGACCCCUGACACAGCUACAUACUAGUCUGCCGUACGUGCAGCUCUCCGUCUUGGCCACUUGACCAUCUGACCACAAGCGAACUAGACGCGCCUGGGCCCGUGCCUUGGAUACCUUCAUGGCUAUUGCCAGGCGAUGUGGCCAUGCGUGUGACUUGUAUCUGGGUGGCGGAGGUACGCCACCUUGUCGUUGAUUGGGUACAAUGGGCUGCGGGGAGGUAGGGCUGCGGCAGGGGCAAGCUACCUCUCGUCGUGAUGACUCUUUAACCCCCUUCGCCUUGCCCUGUUGUAAAGUGUUUCUAACUGAUGUUGGCUGAUGUUGGCUGAUGUUGGCAGUUCUUGCAAUGUAGCUCUGCGCAAGCAAAUCAACGGUGCCGGGUCAUGGCCAGCGUGCAUCAGCACCCUUUAUUCGCUUUAUGAACGCCCCGCCUGCGGACUUGGUGCGACCUCAAGGACUUGUGCCCCUCCCCCUUCAGGACAAGCCAACUAAAAGUACAUGCGUGACGCUCUCGGCAAGCUCUACCGUAUUGAUUAUGGGGUGAGUCCUACAGUCUUACACGUGUUCCCAACCCAUUCAUUCACGUGCAUGAUCCUCUUAAGCGCCGAGGCGAAAUAUACUCUGCCCCAUGCAUGCUCUGGUCUCUGCGGGCGUCGUUGCGCCCGCCGCCCGCCUGUGGCUCCUUUAUCACUGCAUGAAAUAAAGGUGUGAUGUGGAUAGGAAAGGGCGUUCCUCACAGAGACAGGAUGCGUGUCGGCACAGGGACAGAAUUUGUGUCAAGCGCGUCCAUUUUCCGUGUAAGCGAAAUGCCCA